AUGGACGACCUCCCUGCUCAACGUCGGUCUGCGAAGCCCAAAAGCAGACAAUCAAUCGCUCACAUACCCUCUUCCAAGUCUUCCGCUUUCAAGGACAACGCCACCACAGACAUAGCUGCCCUGCAAGCCGAGCACGGUAAAAGUCUUGCAGUGGCAAAGAAGAAAGCGCGCGGAAAGAGCAUCGGUCCUGGGGGUCUGGAAGCAUUAACAGAAACCUCCGCAAAUGUUGCAAAGAUUUCUACCCCGUUCCAGAUCAAGUCAAUCCUGAAGCCCGCGAUUCCACUCACUCCACCGAAAGCGAUUCCUACGUUCGAUGAGCUGCGAAAACGGAGCACUGGCAAGGGAAAAUCUCCUGCCAAGCAGAAUGCUGAAGAGCUUCUGAUAGACUUCUCAACCCCUGGGCCCAAUAAGCAAAGUGGAGGAGAUAAUUCGUUUUCUGGUACAGAGGAGGCCUUGGACCCAUUUAGCCCGAUUGCGCGACGGACACCCGCGAAGAAUGGAGCCAAUACCGAUGACAUUGGGCAAGAGGAUGAAGAUGAGCGCAAACGUCAGGCAGAGAAGAAGGCAAUACUCGAGCGAAGAGCUGCUAGACGGAAAUCACUUGCCAACCGCCGAGUGUCAUUUGCGCCAGAAGCAACCCUCCACACAUGGAGCGUGAUGGAGAUCGCAGAGGAUUCCACCACGAGCUCCGCAGCAAAUUCAACUAGAAGACAAUCAUCAACCACAGUAGCACAAUCACCCACGAAACCGGCGGCAUCACCUGAAACCCCACGAACAAUAUCCGCACCAGACAAUAAUGAAGAAAACCUGCUGGUCAAAGAAUCUCCCGCUCACCAGAGAGGACUCCACCAACAAAAGCGCCGAAGAAGAAGCUCUGGUCUUUCAGAUCCUAUGCUAGAUACUUCACAAGACGAAGUCUUCUCUUCCAGUCCUUCUGGAGAUAUUGCAGCAAACAGCAGUCCUAUACGGGUCGAAGAGGGUAUAGAGUCUUCCGACGAAUCAGACACUGAUGGUGAUACUGCAAUGAGCAUGGACGAAGCCACAUCGCAAACAGUCACAUCACAGGAGUCGGGAUCGAGUACCCAUUCCAGCCUUGAAGAACGUUUGCGCCAAGCUGCGAGCCAGGCGGGGACUCGCGGCAUUGGCUAUGAUGAAAAUGGAGAGGAAGAACUGUCGAUGGAACUGGCAACCGGGACAGUAACACACGCCUUUCAACCUUGGGCUCGCACCCGUGGUCAGGGGCUGGAUGACGGUGCAAUGUACGACCAAGAAAAUGCGGAUCCUUUCUCAUCUACCCGCCCGGUACCAGAUUCUCGAGCUAUGGAAGACCAGGAGAUGGAAGAACAAGAUCUUGAUCAGACCGAGGAUAUGAGUAUGGACGUCACCAAAGCUGUUGGUGGUAUUCUCUCUAAGCAAUCUCCAGCCAGUAAAAUUGGUCAGUCGCCAGUCUCUCGUCGCAGAAACAGCACGCGGCGCCGCCGUUCAUCUGGUGUUGAGUCUGCAUUCGACGAAACUAUGGAUUUCACCGUCAUGCAAGGUGGCAUUCUCAACAAUGAAUCGGAGGAAGUGACGACGAAUACAACAAGAUCCCAAAUAGUCGACGAUGGUAUGACUAUGGAAUUCACCAGUGCAGUAGGAAGUAUUCUAGGCAUGAGAGGCAAUAGAGCGCCACUUGAUGCAGAAGAGACUGAAGAAAACGAAACCAUGGAUAUGACAGCUGCUGUAGGAGGGAUCCUACCACCAAUCGAAGAGCACACAGAACCACAGACCGAUACCGACGAAGACCAAACCGCUGCCAUGGACAUGACUCGAGCUGUUGGCAGCAUUAUUCAAAAGUCACCCCCGAAGCCAAACAGCGCCCGAAGAUCGUCCAGGUUUGGAUCUGCGGCUGUUCCUAGUGCCUCGAGUUCGCAAGCACAACCAAUGACUGCUCCAACCACGACCCCUAAAUCAACUCCGAAGGGGUUGCUCGUCACUUCCGUUGCUUCGGAAACAGGAAGCCCAAGUCUUUCGCUCAAGCCGAGACUAUCAGGUCGUACUCAGAGAAGUUCUGCUGCUACUGUGUCUACAACGCCACCGUCGAGAGCAAAGAGCCUGACUCCCACAAAAGCACUAAAUGCAGCACACAAUGGCACCCCCUCGAAGCAAAUUACGCCACUUCCCCCUCGUGCGGAAACGCCCAACAAAACACCCUUGUCUGCGAAUGUUGCAAUUCGAAGCGCAUCGCCAAAGAAGCUAUUUAGAGCUGAAAUACAAGCGAGAGCCUCGCCACGAUCGCUCAAGCGAGAAACAAAUAUCAAGUCAAAUACGCUUUUCUCCCGGAACGAGGAGACUGGUCAACAAACUCCCAGUAUUAUUCUUCGUGCCACUAGACAGAGUCUUGCUCGUCGCAGAUCAAGCGGUCUAGGCAUUGGGCCAGAACCAGAAGUAGUCGGAUCUCCGCGUAUCACCGAGCUGUUGGAUCGGAGAUCCUCGAUCAGUGAUACAGUGCCUCAUUUCAAGCUAGGCGAGGAAAAUCCGGCACGAGCACGCUUCGAAGAUCCUCAGGUUUUAGGACAAGAGGUUGAAGCAGAACGUAUCGAGGAACACAGACGGGAAAGUGGCCGGUUCAUUAUGGAACAAGAGGCAGACGAGCAAGGAGGAGGAAACAACACCAUGCAGCUCAAAGGCAUGAUCGAGGCAAUGUCACCCAGGAAAUCGAAAGCUAGCAAAGUGAAGGGCCGCAAGAGUCUCGCUCCCGGUGGUGCGAAAGGUCUUUUGGGAAAGAGACCGGCUGAGCUUGAUUUUGAGGAUGACGAGGAGGUAGAGUCGACACCCAAGCGACUGAAAGCUGUUUCUAGGGAAAGCAGCCCGGUGAAACAGGUACAUUUGCCAAAACCUCCAAGUAAGGAUGAAACUACAGGAAAAAUCACAACAAAGCUGCAGCUCGCGCUUCAGGACUUCUCGACCAACGUUAAGCUCACACCACAGAUUGGACCUUCAUCACCUGUCCAGACAACCGUACCGAAGAGCCCAUCCACAGGAGGAAGAUACAAAGAUGUUCAUAUUGAUGCAGAUGCAAGACCAACAUCAUUUGAAGACAAACUUGACAAUGUUAUCGGAGCGAUUGAUGUGUCAACUGCCCAGAUGCUAGAACAUACGGAUCUCCCUGAUAUGCCCAAAAUCUCCUUGCAGGAAUUCCUAAACAAGACCAAUAUUCAUUUCAUCGAACUCUCUACGACCAAGAGAAGGCACACCAUGGCGCAAUCUUUACCGGACAAAGAGUCACAGGAAGGCCCGCAUGGUAACACCUUGGAAGAGACGUUCGUUGCAGCAGCUUCAACAUUACCUCUUCUUGAGCUAUAUCAGCAUUCGACACGAGAGCUCAAGUCCUACAUCUCCACUGGCCGAAAGAUUGUUCGAUCGAUUGAGGCCGAGACACUAGCAGAACAACCGCCACUGUUCCGCGAGUAUAUUGAUGCUCGACCGGAUGUGAAGUUGGUCAUGGACAACCAAUUCCGAAAUGGGAAAGCUAAUGCUCGUCUCCAAAGCAAGGAAGGCUGGUACCAAUGGCGAGCUCAGCUGGUUGACGGGUUGAAGACAGGCUUGAAAGGCAUUAACAACAACCUGUCCCAUGAUUUGAAAAUCUUGAACGAACAACAGCAGAUACUCGACAGUGUCAUUCCUGGGCUGUUACAGCAGCAGAUGGAAUUUCGCAAGCAGAAACCGUCACUUCAGCAAAGUAUCGAGGAGUUAGACAGUGUUGAUCAUGAAACCUUACAGACCACUCGUCGAGAAUUGCAAGCUGCCGACGAGUAUCACCUCCAGCGCAUCACAAUGUUGAAAUCUCUUCAAGACCAAAUGGAUGAGAAGGAGGAGGCCUUGGAUGCGGCAAGCGAGCUGAAGACCGAAAUGAAAGAUCAAAUUGAAGAGGCAGACCGGGUAAGAGAAGAGCAAAAGGGCUGGUCAGGUGCCGAUGUUUUGGCUUUCAAGACGAAAGUGGAACGUCUGGAGCACGAGACGGGAUGGCGUCUGAUCACAGCUGAGGAAGAAGUUGAGGAGCCCAACGACUUUGGGGCUGCACUUACAAUGAUGUACAAGAACGAGUUGCGCCUCUUCAUGUAUCCGCAGGUUUACCAGGCCACGCCUUCAACCGCUCGACGGAGGUCAGGCAGGAAGUCUGCAUCCACCUCUGGUCCAUCCGCACCUAUCAGUCUCACUUUCGCGCCAAUAAAUGAUGAAGGUAUAGAAUCUUCAGCGCCUCAACUCUCAACCGAGAAGAGAUUCUUCUUGCAACUAAUUCGAAGUCAACUUCACGCUUUCUCAAUGAUGCCAAAGGGCUCGAUUUCAACCAAAUCAUUACUAUCUACAGUUUCACAAGGCUGGGAUCUUGCAGGCAGAAUUAGUCAAGAACUUAGACUUCUGAACAUGGUUGGGAUCACGUCAGCAUCAAUUCUUGGUGAUGAGAAAUUGGGAGUAAGAGUCAUGUUAAUUCUUCCUAGGCGAGGGAGGGUUGACAUCGAAUUCGCGGUUACGGUAACAAUCCUCACUGAUGGCGAUAUUGUCGCCUCGACCAAUGUCACCGCCAAAGCAGUAUACGGGGCAGCCACAGAUGCUCUGACCAGUUCGAAGACCAGAAAGGUGCAGCAAGCGCUCAGCAAGGAAAUCGAGACCAGACAUCUCGGCGAUGGAGCUUGGGUCAAUGCUGUACAUGGAUUCGAGUCAUGGAUCGCUGCACAACAGAAGCCAACACGCGAGACGAAGCAAGAUGAAGAACCAGCCGUGGUCCAGGUCAUUGAAAUCGCUCCUCCGGCAGUCGCUAUUCCAACAACAUCUGUCAGACGUUCACCACUGGCUCCGAAGCGAACAAAUGUCCUACAGAAGAAAACCCUUCCUGUGCCCAAGCAGCGCAUUGAGAAGGCCAAUUUCAACGUAAGCACCAGUUCUCUGCCCGCUACAUCUGCACACGAAAAAGAGAAUUUUAACCCGUCUUUGUCCAUGAACAAGCGAUCGUUCGAUCAAACUAAUCACCAGGAUUUCCAUGAGCCGGCGUUGAAACCAGCCAUCCCACCAGAAAUCCAGGAGUCUAUGAUGCACACGCCUAUCAAGCGUGUGGGAGCAUUGAGGAGGAGUCCUAUCUGA